AUGCCCGCCCUUUCCAUGUUCAAAUCAGUAAUUAUCUUCGCCAGUAUUCUGCUUCUCGUCUCAGCUGAGGAUGGAAAGUGCCCACCAUCUUUCGACUGUGGGUUUCUUGGACUCAUCAAAUUCCCUUUCACAAGCACACUGCGACCACACUGCGGCGUUUUGCCUAUUCGUGGCUGUGAAGAACAUAAUGCAUACGCUCCCAAAACCAUCCAACUCAUUAACAGCUCAACAUCAACAUCGUACCCUGUUCUACAGGUUGAACCUCGUACCAUAAAGAUCAGAGAUUAUUAUCAACAUAACAAUAUCCGAAACAGAAGUUGCAAAGCCUUCAGCAACAAUAUUACUCUUCCACACACCUCUCCUUUGGCUUCUUUCUACAUCAAAUAUAAUAUCACUAUCUUCAGAUGCAAUCACUCCCUCAAUAUCCCCGUUCCCAAAAAUUUUUAUAAAUAUUCGACCUGUUCUGAAUACAAUAUCUACUAUGGGCCUGCCAAUACUGAAAUGCCUCGGGGCUACAAGUGGCCCAGCUCUCUAGCACCAUGUUCAACAGUUCAGCAUGCCGUAAUAGAUAAGUGUAGUGACGACCCCUUUCAAUGUAUGUCGGGUCAUACAGCUAUCGAAGUACAAUUAUCUGAAGAUUGUGAAGAGUGUCUUGGUCAAAGAAGAGGCCAAUGUCAACUUGACAGUGAAGGAAAAUUCUAUUGCGCCAAAGGGAGUAGAAGCUGGGUUGUGAAAAUGGUACUAGGACUCGUCGGACUUCUGGCUGUUACAGCUGCUCUAUUACUAGUAAUGAUCAAAAUCUUUUAUACAAGAAGGAAAAAGAAAAAUCCAACCAAUCAACGGAUUGAGAUUUUUUUGGAAAGAUAUGGACCCCUUCAAACCAAGAGAUAUGGUUAUUCUGAGAUAAAGAAAGUGACCAACUCCUUCAGAAACAAAUUAGGCCAAGGGGGUUUCGGUAGUGUUUACAAAGGACAAUUACAGGAUGGACGCUAUGUAGCAGUGAAAGUCCUAAAUGAGUUGAAAGAUGAUGGCGAGGACUUCAUCAAUGAAGUUGCAACUAUCAGCAGAACUUCUCAUAUUAACAUCGUUUCUCUUCUGGGCUUCUGUUUCGAAGGCUCUAAACGAGCUUUAGUUUAUGAGUUCAUGUCUAAUGGAUCACUUGAGAAGUUUAUCUUUGAAGGAAGUGUCCUAAUGACAGAUUGUCAGUUAGACUGCCAAAUGUUGUACCAUAUUGCAAUUGGUGUUGCUCGAGGACUAGAAUAUCUGCAUAAAGGCUGCAACACUAGAAUUUUGCAUUUUGACAUAAAACCUCACAACAUUCUCUUGGAUGAGAAUUUCAACCCCAAGAUUUCAGAUUUUGGACUUGCAAAAAUUUGUACAAGAAAAGAAAGUGCUAUAUCAAUAUUUGGCGCUAGAGGAACUGCAGGCUACAUUGCCCCAGAGGUGUUUUCAAGGAAUUUUGGUACAGUAUCACAUAAGUCUGAUGUUUACAGUUAUGGAAUGAUGAUCUUAGACAUGGUGGGUACGAGAAAGAAUGUUAAGGCUCAAGUAGACCAUUCGAGCGAAAUAUAUUUUCCUCAUUGGAUUUACAAGCAUCUUGAAUCCAAUCAAGAGCUUGGUCUACGAAUUAUAAGAAAUGAAAAUGAUAGUGAAAAGGUGAGAAAAAUGACAAUGGUGGGUCUAUGGUGCAUACAAACCGAUCCUUCGACUCGACCAAACAUUACUAAAGUGGUAGAAAUGUUAGAAGGUACAGUUGAAUUGUUACCAAUGCCACCUAAACCUUUUUUAUCUUCUCCUUCAGCAUUUCCGGUUGAUUCAUCGUCUGAAUCAAGCAUUGUAGCUUGUCACUCAUGA